AUGUCUCAGUGCACUGAAACAGUGAUAAAAAAACGCGGUAGGUCCCGCACUCGCGUGAUAAGUGUGCCUUACACCAAGGUUGGAGAAAAAGGCGUUCCAUUGCGAGGCCAAUCCCGUGAGUUGGUUUGUCGAGUGAAGGACUACUUCAAGCGAGAGAAAAUUAACAAAGCACCGAUACUUCCAGUAGAAAAAGUUAUCGUAAGAACUGCUGCGGCUUUGGAGAUAGGAAAAAAUACAGUUGUGAGAAUUGGAAAGGAGAAAAUACAAAGUGAACAGAGUGGCUUGAAACUGAACACUCCUGAUAAGAAAUAUUCGAGGUUUAAGCCUGUUACGAAGCUGGACGCCUUUAAAAAAGAUGCCAUCCGCCGCCAUGUCUACGGAUUCUUCGUGAGAAGAGAGUAUCCCACAGUAAGGAAGCUACAAGUAAGUCUUGCAGAAGCAGAUCUUUUUCGUGGAAGCAAAUCAUCUGUUGCCAUUAUAUUGAAGAGAUUGGGUUUCAAACACAAGAAAUUUGGUAGCCGUAAAAUAUUAAUGGAAAGAGGAGACAUCAUUGCUUGGAGGUGCAGAUUUCUUAGAGAAAUAAAAGAUUUAAAUUUUGAGGAAAUAGUUUGGCUUGAUGAAACUUGGGUAAAUUCUGGGCACUGUAAAAAAAUUGGAUGGACUGAUGAUUCUGUUGAAGGUACGUUUCCUGUUCCCGUUGGAAAAGGGAGGAGGAUAAUUGUGUUGCAUGCUGGCAGCUCUACUGGAUUUAUUCCUAACUGUGCAUUACUUUUUACAUCAAAGAAAACCAAAGAGUAUCAUGAAGAGAUGAACCACAAAGUAUUUUUUAAAUGGUUUCAAGAUGCUGUACUUCCAAACCUAACGAGGCCCUCGCUCAUUGUAAUGGACAAUGCAAAGUACCACUCAAAAGUAGUUGACAAACCACCUAACAGCAGUUCUAGAAAGGAUGAAAUAAUAGAGUGGUUAAAUAAUCAUGACAUACAGUAUGAAAAGGCGAUGUUAAAAGCUGAAUUGUUAGAAAUUAUUCAAAGAAACAAACCUCAGACAAAAUAUGAAGUCGACGAAAUUGCGAAGAAACAUGGUCACCGAGUACUUCGUCUGCCACCAUACCACUGUCACUUCAAUCCUAUAGAAUUAAUCUGGGCUCAAGUAAAGGAAUAUGUUGCAAGAAGCAACAGGAAAUUUAAUAUAACUGAAAAAUUACAGUUGACGAAAGAGGGGUUGGAACGUGUAACAGAGUCUGAUUGGAAGAAGGUAGUAGACCACACGAAGAAUAUAAUCCUAGAUGCUUGGAAAAAUGAAGGGUUGAUGGAAGACUCCGUUGAGCAGAUGGUAAUAAACAUCGGCAAUGACAGCUCCAGUGAAGAGGAUUCGGACAGUGACAGCAGUGACAAUGAAGAGGAAGAACGCGGCAGUAACGUGAGUGGUAUUUUCCCUCUCUCUCCGGUGGCAGAAAGAGUGUUGGACUUCGAUGAACUGUAA